AUGCGGGGGCCAAGUUCGAAUGUGCACUUGGAACAGGACGACACUUAUCUGCCUGAGGUCUGGACGUGGUAUGCCAUCGGAGUGUUCGUGAUACUGUUGCGAUACGCGGUGCGAUUUCGAACUGUCGGGUUUCGCGGGUUUCGGGGCGAUGACUGGCUUGCUCUGCCGUACCUCGCCUUAUACUCGUUGAACGUAUACAUCGUCCAGAUUACGUAUCACACGGGCGGGAACAUCGACGUUACCGCGGACGCAGUCAAGUCUCUUUCGGAAGACGACGUUCGUAUUCUUGAGCUUGGGUCGAAGUUGGAGUUCGUCUCUUGGUAUUCAUACCCAGGCUGUAUCUGGGUGUUGAAGUUUACCGUACUGUUCUUCUAUAAGCGCCUGACGCUGGGAAUUCUGCGACGAAAGACACUCAUCACGUUGUUUUGGUUGUGCGGUCUGUCAUAUAUUGCUUUGUGCCUGACCGUAACGCUAAGUUGUCAACCAUACUCCGAUAACUGGCGAAUCCGACCACUGCCAGGUCCCGAGUGCACAUUUCGACCGCAGAAUUUCUGGAUGCUCCUGUGGCUAAACAUUCUAACCGAUGCCGCCCUCCUCUCGAUCCCAAUACCGAUCCUAUGGCACCUACGGGUUACCCUGCGCCGCAAGGUUGGAGUCGCCAUCCUCCUAUCAUCAGGCGUCUUCGUCAUAUCGACAGCCAUCAUCCGGGCGGUGUCCACACUCACAGGAGCGCCGUCCGUGAUCAACAUCAACCGAUGGGGCUUCCGCGAACUCGGCGUCGGGCUCGUCACCGUGACGCUGCCCGUGCUGAGCCCCAUCUUCACGCGGCCCUUCUGGCGGCGCGGGCCGUACAUCCGCGACUACUACGACCGACUGCGAAACCCGAGAUCUCCCAUCAACAACGCGAGGUUCGGCAACUGGCUGGGCACGAUGGUACUGCGGUACAUUGACGAGGAGGAAGGGGCAGUCUUCCGGGAGCCCGAUUCGGCCAAGGCGUUGGAAGAUGCCGGGUACCAAGAAUACGCACAGAGGGCAGGGUCGGUCAGGAAAAGCAGCAACGAGACUUACGAAUUGGAGACGACGAGCGGCGGGACGAGCGCGAAAAGCAUCACGGGCAUCGAACCGGCAUGA